GAAAAGAAGUUGUGUGUGUUUUAAGCUGUAGUUGGGCUGGAAAUCUUCUGGCAACACUUCUCACACACCUGAAGGCGUUCCCAAAGCGUCACUAUUGUGACGCAGCACAAGUUCCCUGUAAGGGAACAAAAGCGUUGUCCUCACAGAGAAUACUUUCAUUUUCUUUCGUUUAACUACGGCAGCAGUCUGUAUAUCAGCCUGUAUGAGCCCGACAGAUUCUCAUCUAGUUCAUGACUUAUUUUAAACAUCAACUGAAGUCAGCAACAUGCACAUGUUAAUUUUCUGCUCUCUUUUCUUUUUGAUUGUUGGAGUUGUGUUUGGUGCUGAAGUGAAGUCAGUCUCAGCGAAGGAUGGAGAUUCUCUUACACUACACACUGAUAUUGUCAAACAGAGAGAUGAUAUGGUGGUGUGGUAUUUUGGACCUGAAAACACUUUUGUUGCAAGAGUCAAUGGAAAGGCCAAUAGCAACAUGUUAUCUGAUGAUGAGAGAUUCAGAGACAGACUGAUGGUGAAUAAUCAGACUGGAGAUCUCACCAUUACAAACAUCACAUCUCAACACAAUGGAGUUUAUACACUUAAGAUCAGCAGAAACAAUGACGUCUCAUAUAAGAAAUUCAAUCUUACUGUCUAUGGUGUGUUUGGUGAUGAAGUGAAGUCAGUGUCAGCGAUGGAGACAAAGAAUGUUAUUCUACACACUGAUAUUAUGAAACAGAGAGAUGAUCGGAUGAUGUGGUAUUAUGGACCUGAAAACACUUUUGUUGCAAGAAUCAAUGGAAAGGCUGGGAGCAUCAAGUUAUCUGAUGAUGAGAGAUUCAGAGACAGAGUGAUGGUGAAUGAUCAGACUGGAGAUCUCACCAUCACAGACAUCACAACACAACACACUGGACUUUAUACACUAGAGAUUAGCAGAAACAAGAAAGCCUACAAGAAAAUCAAUCUUACUGUCUAUGCUCGUCUGCCCGUUCCUGUCAUCUUUAGUAACUCAUCACAGUGUUCUUCAUCAUCAUCAAGAUGUGUGUUGUUGUGUUCAGUGUUAAAUGUGAGAGAUGUGAGUCUGUCCUGGUACAAAGGAAACAGUUUAUUGUCCAUCAUCAGUGUGUCUGAUCUCAACAUCAGACUCUCUCUACCUCUGGAGGUUGAAUAUCAGGAUACAAACACAUACAGAUGUGUACUCAACAAUACCAACACAAACCAAACUCAACAUCUAAACAACAUCAAGGAUCUCUGUCAGUGUUCAGAUUCUUCUGUCCUGACAUUCCUUAUAAUUUCAGUUGUAUUAGUUCUUGUGCUCUGUGUGAUCAUAAUCAUCACUGUUCUCUACAAACAGGAAAAAGCUUUCAAAGCAAAUUACAAGAAAUCAUUAGAUGCUCAAGUAACUGAUGAGGUAACUGGUAAAGUAACUAAUAAAGUAAUUGAUGAAGAAACUAAUAAAGAAACUUAUGAAGAAACAGAUGAAGAAACUGAUGAAGAAAUAUCAGGAACUUCAGCAGCACUACUGAAGAAGUAAAUGAACAGCAGAAAAGCUACAUGCAUGUCCAUGUGUUAGACUGAAACUUUGAAAAAAACAUGAACAUAUUUUAAACCAGGCCAGAGAUGGACACAUUAGCACAGGGACCUCAUUUAUAAAAUGCUGUGUAGAAACCAUCUUACAUUUGAUCUUAUGAUCAUUUUAUAAAAAAUGCGUACGUGUGAUUCAUAAACCGAACAUA